AUGGGCCUGCUCACUAUCAUCCGCAAAGCCCGGCUGAAGGAGAAACAAGUCCGCAUCCUCAUGCUAGGACUGGACAACGCGGGAAAGACGACCGUCUGCAAGGCGAUUCUGGGAGAGGAUGUUGACGAGGUCAGCCCGACGCUGGGGUUCAAUAUCAGGACGAUCGUGCAUCAGGGGUUCACGCUGAACGUUUGGGACAUUGGCGGCCAGACUUCUCUCCGCCCUUACUGGCGCAACUACUUCGAGCAGACAGAUGCGGUAGUCUGGGUCGUCGACUCCUCGGACCGAGCGAGGAUGGAGGAUUGUAGGCGCGAGUUGCACGAGCUGCUGAAGGAGGAGAGGCUCGUGGGAGCUAGCUUGCUGGUUUUCGCAAACAAGCAAGACAUCGCGAAUGCUAUGACUGUCGACGAGAUCUCCUCUGCCCUUGAACUAUCGACCCUCUCCUCCUCGCACCACUGGGACAUCCAACCCUGCUCAGCACGCUACGCCCGCCUCACCGCCCCUUCACCCGCCUCCUCCGACUCCCCGCCUGGAUCAGCAGCUCCAGCAUCUCCAGCAGCUUCUCUUUCCAAGGUCGACCCACGCAUCAUGAAGGGACUCGACUGGGUCGUCGCGGAAGUCGGGUCGCGCGUGUAUUACGGCGUGCAGAAUUCGGCGGUCGCGCCAGAAGCCGUUCGUCCGGCUGCUCUAUUAGCUUGA